GUGAGUUUGAAGGUUUGGCGUUCCAAGUCGUUAAACAAGGAACCAAAAUAUUCGAAAAGCUUCUUCACCCAGGUUUUAACAAGUAGUUAGAGAUAACUUAAAAUAAAACCAGCACAAAGAUUUAGCAUCAUCAUGGCAACUGUUGCUAAGGAAGAAGAAAAACAACUCCAACAGCAUUCAGAUAAGAUAACGAUUCAGCGUGACCGGAGCGGACAUUAUGGACUUCACAUCAGUAAUAUCUCAGCAGAAAUAAACGAGAUGGACUUACGCUCCUUAUUUGAGAGUUCAGGAUUCGUAAAGAUAUGCAAAAUUAUCAAAACCUAUGAUAACGAUAGAGUAGCAUUUGUAAAGUUUUUAGAUCAGGAAGAAGCAGUUCGAGCUUUGAACAAGUUAAAUGGCACUAAACUUGGUGGUAGUAUUAUCACCGUAAGGCCAGCUUAUGAGUCUCAGAAGUCUAGAGGAAAUAGGUAUUACAAAGAACGGACUAACAGCUCCGAGUCUCUUUCAAAAUCAAGGGAUAGAAAAGGGCACCAGAAUCAUUCCGGUAAUGAAAGAACAAGCCCAAAAGAUGAAAAGACAGUAAAUGAACAGAAACAUCUCCGUAAGGAUGAGAAUUGUGAUGUGUUUUAUACAUCACAAGAUGUUAGGCAUACUAACAAUACUUCGGAUAUGAGUUCUGCGCCGACAAGUUCAUCUGGGAAAAAUGGUGUUCAGAAUAUACCGGGAACGAAAUCCAUUGAAAAUACCAGUACACAACUAGUGUAUUCAAUAGCUACAGGCUCUUCUGGAGAAAACUAUGUGCAGAGUGCAGUGCGAUCUAGAUCUUCUGAUUUGGCACAGAGCAAUGGCACGCCACAGUCGUAUUCACAAAGACCAAAUACAGCCCAAAGAUUUGCAGGACCACAGGGGAAUCAUCCUGUAACAAGUAGUAACUCAUCCCAAAUGUUCUCUACUGGAAGGCCUUCUCCUUCAAGGGGAUGUAGUUAUCAAAACUCAUCUAUAACCAGCCCUAGACUAGUAGCAACAGCCAAUAACGAUGCACAAAAUGGAUAUAAUUACCCUGGUGGAGUAAACAACAACUAUUAUCAUAGCUUAUCAAAUAAAACCCAAACAGGUAACCCGUACACAAUGCACAAUGGAACACCCAGUUCACAAUUUAGUCCAACAUGUGAGAUUUCAAAGCCCAUGAGAGAUUUGAGCCUCUCAAAUCCUGGUUCGAUGUACGGCCCUUCUAAUGUUUCAAAAUGGUCCGUAAAAGAUGUAAUCAAUCAUUUUAACAUCCAAGAAGAAUGUUCUAAAAGUAUGGUUGAUUUUCUAGAGGAGCAAGAAAUUGAUGGGAAUGCGCUCAUGUUAUUGGAACAGGAUUCACUUCUUCAUUUCAUGAAGCUUGGGCCAGCUUUAAAGCUGUUAAACUUACGAGAUAAGCUAAAACAUUGAGUUUUGUAUAUAUGACUUUUCUUGUUCCAUGCAAUGUGCCUCAUAGACUGCAUUAUUCAGUUUGUUAUUGGAUAGUUGGUUGUUUCAAAAUCAAAAUUACACUCAAAUUAUAGCAAGCUACUACAGACUUGUAAGACUCCAUGUUUAUCAGUCGGUUGUGUUUAGUUGGAAUGUAGUUGAGCUUAUCGUUACUGCUUGUUUUAUGUUUCUAUGACCUAACCAACUACAAAAUGUUAGGAGCUGUUUGGUGUUUUGGCUACCACCAUUCAAAUUUACAGCUGUACUUCCUGACUCUUGAGUCAGUUAGGUCACAGAAACAUGAAACAGGCUGUAAUCUGCAAAUUUUGCUCUGUUUCAACUGUUUAUCAUUUUUCAUCAUAUCAAACAUAGGCCAUUUCUGGGUUUGAUAAGCAGGAUGCAAAGGUGGUCUAGCUUCGGUACAACAUAAACCAUGUAAAACAUGAUGAACAAAAGAUGUUUGUACUGAAUCUACACCACAAUGUGCCUUGUUCACUAUCUGAGAAAAAGUCUAUGCCAUAGAGUUCAAGACUUGAACUUAUUUUUGAAUACAUUAACAGAACAUUUAAAAUGAAUAUUGAAUGGAAAAAUCAAAUAACCAAUUGUAUGUUGCAUUCUAGGGGACAUGCUUCAUAUUAUUCCACUGUUAAAUCUUGUCCCUCAAACAAUCCCAUGAUGCUCUGCAAGAGGCCAUACUCGAGUGCUUGCAAAAGGACACUAGAAAUUUUAGAUAAAUGUAUUUUUCAUUAGUUACACAGUUUCUAAAUUUCAAAGUCAACUUUUUAUGACUUUUAGUGGCUUAAAGAUUAUUAUUAAUUCGGUGGGUUCUCCAUGCAUUACUUUGUGUAUAUAUUGUUGUGUUUACCAAUAUUAAGAAGCUACAUAUGGAUCUUUGCAACUCAAACCAAGAAUCUUUAUCUCGAGGGACUAACACAUGGUCUGAAAUGGUAAAGAAUAAUAAUAUAGCUAAAGACUCUAGUCUAUUACUGCCCAAAAUUCAUUAAAGUUUCUGUUUUUGAAUGGUUUUUAUAAGUAGUGUGUUAUGUGCUGUACUGUCAACACUUCACAAGUUUUUAAGUUUUCUUUGACACCUUGUCAACUUUGAAUACUCCUUAUUGCUAACCAUUAGGCCGUUUGCAUGAAGGCGUCGUUUUAUUAACACUACCAAAAUGCUUUGCAAAUUAUGUUAUUGAAAUUUCUAUUUCCUCAUGAGAAUAGUGACAAACUUCACUUUGAUGUUUUUAAAGGCAGAGAAUUGAAAUGUUAAAGUAUUCAUGGUACAACACGUUGCACUGUAAAAUUUAGCUACCUGGAAAAAACUUAAUUCACUGAAGUUUUCRAAGUUAAUUGGAAAAAAAUGAAGUUUCACUCUGUUGCUUUAUUGGUUAAGUAAGAACGUUUCUCAAAGAUGUGUAAUAA